GUCUAUAAGUGUUCUUUAACGUGCAAAACCCAAUCGAAGCAAACUGUGGCCUCGACUGUUAGACAGUUUGACAUUUCCCGCAGUUAUUUUUCUCCCGAUCCGUUUGCGUCUCCAAAAAAGCUUUUCCCGUGAGAAUCCAUCACGAACCCACACUCCAAUGACCACCAGGUCUUCCCUGCAACACUGCCGCUUCUGCAGCGGCCCACCGGAAGUGUUCCUGUUCGAACCGGCACCGGAGGCGAGCGGGUUGGACCAGCUGCUCGCGAAAUUCGCCAAUGUUGAGAUUUCUGAAAAUGACGGAAAACCGUCCCACUUGUGCUUGGAUUGCACGGGCAAGCUAAAGUCCGGUGUGGCUUUUCAGCGUCACGUACAGGAGGUGGAAAAGCUGUUGGAAUCGAUUUCAGACUCCAUCAAUGAGAGUGUAUCGAUUAAGAAUGAGAUUGAGGAGGAGGACACAUACGAGGUUGAGUUCCUGGAAGAUUUCACAAACGACGAGGGCAAUAACAAAGAUUUUAGCACGGAAACGGACAGUCAGGGGGAAGCGGAAGAUGAGGAAAAUAUUCUGCAAGCGCUUGGUAUGGAGAUGGACGACGACGAGUCGGAAGAGGACAAGGACAUUGUCAAGUUUCCGUUUGAGAUGCCUGAGCAGAACAUGAUUGCGCAGCGGAUCGAGUUUGAAGACUUUGAGUACCUGGAGAUUGACGGAGAUCGGUGCUGCGGGUGCAGUUUCAUCGCGGCCGACCGUGACCAGCUGGUGGAACACUCGAAAGAGAGGCAUUCGCACAAUUAUUACGCCGAUAGCAGUUACACUUGUCCGACUUGUUAUCAGAAGUUUACUACUCAGGAGAAGCUCUCGCAGCACAUUGAGUACUUUUCGUUUAGCGACAUUUUCCUGUGCCGGAUUUGCAACGAAUCCUUUGUGCAGAAGAGUCACUGCAGCAGGCACAUUCGGACGCAUACAACGAAGUCCGUGGACGAGGUAAAGACUCCGCGUCGGACGACCAGGCCAGCUCGGGUGACAAAGGUUUCAACGGACAAAACGAACUCGUUCUGCUGUUGCUUCGUGCGUUGCUGGCAAAGCUUCCCCUCCGAAGCUCAACUUAUGGACCACGUCCACCAAAGCCACGACGGCAAACGGCGCGAAAACGAACUCGCAAGAGCUCAAGAACCGCAAUCCGACGACCCGCCUCUCAUCUGCCAAACCUGUCAACGAUCCUUCGAAAGCGAACCAAAACUCCAACAGCACCAAACGUACAAACAGCAACGCUCCGAGUAUCCCUGCCCGCUCUGUGACGCCAAGUUCUACAAGCUCCACCGACUCCGCGACCACCAGGAACGCGCCCACAGCCUGGCACCGCCCGUCCACGUGUGCGAAACGUGCGGCAAAGCCUUCCACAAACUGUCCGUCCUGAAGCACCACCGCAAAAUCCACACCCCCUUCGAGGCCAUUCCCUGCUCGGAACCCGACUGUCAGUUCGUGUUCCGCGACGCCGCCCUCAUGAAGCGCCACCAUCGGAACGUCCACGGCGCCAACUUCCCCUGGGAGUGUCAGCACUGCCCGAAGAAGCUCCGCACCAAAGAGGCCCUGGAUCUGCACGUCCGGAUGCACACCGGAGAGAAACCGUUCGGCUGUCGGCAUCCGCCGUGUGAACGCCGGUUUGCCCACGCCACGGAUCGGGCCCGCCACGAGCGGUCCAUUCACACCGGCGUCAAGCCGCACCAGUGUGAGCACUGUGCGGCGGCGUUUGCGCGACGGCGCGAACUGUUGAUUCACGUCGCGAAGAUUCAUCCGACGGAGAAUGAGAAGUGAUUGAUUGGUAAUGGUUUCAAGAAAUGUUGGUAAGUUUUUUGUA